CCCAGGUUCCGAAAACGUGACGAAUUAUCAUAUUUCGAGUGCAUAGCAAGGAUGGGUGCUGUUGAGAUCCAAGGCUCGACUGGCUCUAGCAUAGUCAGAGGGACUAUGGGCGGUGUUGGCGUGCCUAACACCGCUACUCUAGAAUCGCUACAGUGUAUGGAGCAACGGCAGGUCCUUGACACGGUCUCUGAGUUGCGUAGGUGUGGACUUGACAAUGUGCUCUCACUUCCACAACUAGUCGUUUGUGGCGACCAGUCAGCAGGGAAAAGUUCAGUUCUGGAAGCAUUGACGGAGAUACCAUUUCCUCGGAAAGAUAAUCUCUGCACCAGGUUUCCCACUGAAAUUAUACUUCGCCGUGGAACGACGGAGUCUUUGAAGAUCAGGAUUAUACCUGACCGCCGACGCCCGGCAGAGGAGCGAGCCGCUCUGGACGGCUUUUCUGAGACUAUCUGUGAUCUGCUAGACUUGCCAGAAAUCAUGUCCAAAGCAAUGAGCUCAAUGGGACUGGAGGACAAUCAAGGUCUCAAUGGGCCUCGACGGGCAUUCGCUAUGGACGUUCUUGUUGUGGAGAUCGAGGGACCAGCCAGGCCGCAGCUCACAGUGGUGGAUCUUCCCGGUAUAAUCCAGGCAGAGACUAAAGAUGCAUCGCAGGUGGACGUUGACCUGACUGUGGAAAUCACAAAAUCCUACAUUUCGUCACCUCGGACUAUCUGCUUAGCUGUAAUCUCUGCAGCAAACGACUAUGCCAAUCAGCCUAUUUUGAAUCUGGUCCGUCAAUAUGACCCAAAGGGCGAGCGCACAUUGGGAAUAAUCACCAAGCCCGAUCGGCUUCCUCCAGGCUCCGAGACCGAGUUAAGCUUUUUUAACCUGGCAAAUAAUGAGGACAUUAUAUUCGACCUUGGCUGGCAUGUGCUCAAGAACAGAAGCUUUGAGGAGAUGGCUUGUUCCAUUCUCGAACGAAAUGCGUCAGAGGAACAUUAUUUCCGAGCGUCCAUCUUUCGCCAACUUGGGUCUGAGCGGUUGGGAAUCCGGGCUUUGGUGGUUCGUCUCAGCAGGCUGCUGUUUCAUCAUAUUCGCCAGGAGCUUCCUAGGCUACAUACAGACCUGGAAGACGCAUUGUCGCGGGCAAAGAGCGAGCUAGACGUGUUAGGAAGUGCGCGAACUACUGCUGGGGAAUGCCGGAACUUCCUGACACAACUCAGUCUCGAUUUCCACGAAGUCUGCAAGGCAGCAGUAAACGGCUAUUACGAAGGAGAAUAUUUCAAAUGUGAUAAAGAGCAGGCGCUUCCGACAAACAGCCCGGGCUCUAUCAGGCGCUUGAGAGCAAUCGUCCAAUUGAGAAAUACAGCUUUCUCUAAUGAAAUUCGCUCCAAUGGCCACAAGUUCCACAUUGUCAGCGCUGGGGUAGAAGAUAGUCACUUUGAUUCGAUUGAACCCCAAUCUGAACACGAGAAUGAACAGGACGUCGAUGAGCCUUUGAGCGAAACACUGAAACCGGCUGAGGAGCCUGGGCCCUUCGGCCAUAUUGAGCCUCCAAAAAAAGUCAGCCACGAUGAAGCCAUACACUGGGUAAAUGAUGCUGUCACUCAAGCACGUGGAAGGGAGCUGCCAGGGAAUUUUAACCCUCUUGUGAUUGCUGAACUUUUCUGGGAGCAAUCGUCUAAGUGGCAUCUUUUUGCACUUGCACAUAUCGGGCAAAUUACAGGACUCUGUCGCUCCUUUCUCGAGUCCUUGUUGAGGAACCAAUGCCCCCGUGACAUCCAACUUCGCUUAUGGCCAACAAUUCAUGAUCAGAUAAGUGCAAGGCGCACGCUCGCCAUGAAAGAGAUGGAGAAAAUCUUAGAGGAGAUUAGGUCUUAUCCAAUCAACUACAACCACUAUUAUACCGACACGAUCAAGAAACGCCAGAUUGAGAGACGGAAGGUCGAGUUGGAAAAGUGUUUGGAAGAUGCAACGCAGCAUAUGGAAGUGCCAGGAUGUAGUUCUGACCACACUUUCCCAAGUGUGAAUGUGAACCUGGCAAUGAAGAUCUACUCCGAGAGAAUGGAUCCAGAUAUGGACAAACACAGCUCAGAACUGGUACUCGACUGCCUUCAGGCUAUUUACAAGGUCUAUGAGAAGGUUUUUGUUGCAAACAUUACGGUCCAAGUGAUUGAGCGUCACAUUAUUCGAGGACUAGAGCAUAUAUUCUCACCUGUCAAGAUUUCUCAGCUAUUGGAUGCCGAGGUCCUCAAUAUCGCUGCAGAGCCGGAUUCCACUAAGAGGGAGCGAGAAGCCCUCGCUGAAAAAGUGCGCAUGUUGACCAACGGGCAAGUAAUACUCAACGAGCUCAUGUCAGUUAUUUAGUACACACGGACGGUUCGUACGCCUGAUUUAUGGAUGUUGCUUUGACUUUGCCCACUUUCGUGUCUAUUCUGGCUCUACUGAGACCUGAUGUUCGCGCUAGCGGCGGCCCGCUGGAGAGGUAAUGAAUGACCUGUAAAGGAAGCCAUUAAGAGAACCUAAUAUUACUC